AUCCGGCAAAUGACGUUGUACAUAUUUUACAUGCUUGCCUACAUUCAGACAGCAGCGCGAAAAUAAAUAAAUAAGGAAUACACACAGACACCCUACCGUGAGCAGCCUUUCUGACAACAGCUCUUGUGUUUCGCCGCUCAAAUUUUUGACAAUAUCAUAACGACAGCAGAGUAGUAAUAUAUGGUGCAUUUAGCAUGACAACCCAACGCACGACGCUACACGUUAUGAUCAACGUGCCGGCGAAAAGCUAUCAAAAAAAGGUACCGCCACCGACAAUGCCGAAGCCAAAAGCCAAACGAUUCACGCCAGAAGAAAGCAGUGAACUAAGCUUUCCCGCUCCACCACCAGAAGCGUUCGAAGACAAGACAGAACCAGCGAGUAACGCGCCAAAGGGCGCGGCCGAAGAUGAACUCGACAAACUAACCGAUUUACUUAUGAAAAAUCUCGAAAACACAGACGAUCCGGACUUUUUCGGUAUGUGUUACAAAUGCGGGGACAAGAUCUGUGGUAGCAAGUCCGGAUGCAAAGCUAUGGAUAAUCAGUAUCACGUAACCUGUUUUGUUUGCGACACUUGCGGAUGUCAAUUAUUAAAUAUGCCUUUUUACCAAGUUGAAGAUAAAGUUAUUUGUGAACCUGACUACAUGAAUACUUUGGAAAAUUGUGUCGUGUGCAAGAACGUCAUCACGGACCGAAUUCUUCGUGCACUAAAUGUUGCUUAUCAUCCGGAGUGUUUUAUUUGUUCUGAGUGUGAAAUCUGUCUGGAUGGAAUCCACUUUACUUUAGACGCAAAUGACAACAUUCAUUGCGUCAACUGUUACUACAAAAAAUACUCUCCAAGAUGCUGUGCUUGCAACGACCUUAUUCUACCAGAAGAGGGUAAAGACGAGAUUGUUCGUAUCGUAUCCAUGGAAAAGGACUUCCAUGUUAGCUGUUUUAAAUGCGAGGAAUGCGGCCUAUUGCUCUCAUCAGAAGAGGAAGGACAUGGCUGCUACCCCAUUGAAGGUCAUCUACUCUGUCAACCAUGCAAUGGCAAGCGUGUUAAAGAACUGACUAGACAGUCUGGUACCACGCAACAUCCGCUGACCACAGAACUAUAGAUUACGUCUCUUUAUAUAAUAUAUAGAUUAUGGUACAUGUGUGUUUUAGUACGAAUUUCUAAGAUUUUAAUACUGCGUAUAUAUAGAUGAAAUUGUUUUGCGUGAAAAAUGUGAAUAAAUUCAAAUAGAGACAAUAAAUAUUUUUCAAUUUAGCAGCCACGGUUGAACUAUUUCCAAAAUUUUGCAAUGUGAUACUUCGAUUUUGACGUGUCAACACUCAUCUUGGCUCCAAGUUGUUACGCAUACUGAGCGAAAAACUUGGUAACGAAGAUGAAUUCACACUACGCUAACUAGCCCAAGCUCUCCCCGUGUAAACUUCAGGACAGGUUUGUUUGGUAUGGUCUUACACCACCGUGUACAGAGUUUGAUAACAAACCUUGGUCAGAGUAAACGUGGGAUAGCCUGGUUAGUUCGCUGAGUUUACGAUGGUAAUGAUGUCAACUGUACAUGCAGAUAUACAAGUGUGUUAAAAAUGCAAACACACAAAACUAUUAGAAUAAUUGCACCAUAAUGUAAUUUGAAUAAAAAUUAAUACUUGUAGGAACUAUAUAGAAAUUUAUUUGAGUUAUUAGAUAAAAGUAUUAAUUUA